AUGGCGCCAACUGUGAAAUACAUGGGCAUGUACGAUUUCGUGCCUUCCAAAGCAGUGGCAAUUGUGUUUGCAAUAUUGUUUCUCAUAACUACGCUACUUCACCUUUUCCAGCUCAUCCACAAAAGGAUAUGGUUCUACAUCCCAUUCUUCAUUGGAUGUUUAUCCCAGACGAUGCAGAGAGCGAAGUCCGCAACGCAGUAUCCUGAUUACGAUCUCGGUCCUGAAGUCAUUCAAUACAUCCUGAUCCUUGUUGCCCCUGCUUUACUCGCUGCCAGUAUUUACAUGGAAUUUGGUCGCUUGGUCAUCAUGACCGACGGAGACAGGUUAUGCUUCAUUCGCCGAACGUGGCUCACUAAGAUCUUCGUCAUCGGCGAUAUCGUAUCAUUUUUGGCGCAGUUCAGUGGUGGCGCAAUGCUCGCGAACGAUGCUACUGCCAGCAAAGGACAAAGCAUCAUGAAGGUCGGCGUCGUUGUCCAGCUUUUAUUUUUUGGCGUCUUCAUCGCCACGAUCAUCGUUUUCAACAUGCGGCUGUCUAAACAAGGCUCGAGGACAAAGCACAUUGUGCCCUGGAAGAAGCACAUCGUCGCGCUAUAUAGCACUGGGUUAUUGAUUUUGAUCCGAUCGAUUUUUCGACUCAUCGAGUUUGUGGAGAGCACAGAUGGCCCGCUAAGCAGGCACGAGUGGCUUUUGUAUGUAUUCGAUGCGGUUGUGAUUCUCAUAUCGUGUGCGAUAUUGAAUUAUAUCCAUCCUGGGGAAAUUAAAAGGUAUAUUGAAGCGGUCCAGUCUCCUAUCGGAGGAUUUGAGAUGGGCAGUAGACACGAUCAUGGAGCUUUAUACACAUCGAUGGAGGAAUGA